UCCAUUUUCCCUCGGAGCGCGGCCCGGCCCCGGCCCCCGCCGCCGCCCCCCAUGUAAGCGCCGCGGCCGCCCCGCACCCGCCCCAAGGCGCGGGGCCGCCUCCGGCAUGCGGAGCUGCAAGAUGGUGCGGGUGGCCAGCGUGCUGGGGCUCGUCAUGCUCAGCGUCGCGCUGCUCAUCCUCUCCCUCAUCAGCUACGUCUCGCUCAAGAAGGACAACAUCUUCGGGGCGCCCCGCGCCGCCGGCCCCGCCGGGCCCCGCAUGUACAUGUUCCACGCGGGGUUCAGGUCCCAGUUCGCGCUGAAGUUCCUGGACCCCUCGUUCGUGCCCAUCACCAACUCGCUGAGCCAGGAGCUGCAGGAGAAGCCCUCCAGGUGGGCCUUCAACCGGAGCGCCUUCGCCCAGCAGAGGCAGGAAAUCCUCCAGCACGUGGACGUCAUCAAGAACUUCUCCCUGACCAAGAGCAGCGUCCGCAUCGGGCAGCUGAUGCACUACGACUACUCCAGCCACAAGUACGUCUUCUCCAUCAGCAACAACUUCAGGUCUCUGCUCCCCGACGUGUCUCCCAUCCUGAACAAGCACUACAACAUCUGCGCCGUGGUGGGCAACAGCGGGAUCCUCACCGGGAGCCAGUGCGGGCAGGAGAUCGAUAAAUCCGAUUUCGUCUUCCGCUGCAACUUCGCCCCCACCGAGGCUUUCCAGAAAGACGUGGGCAGGAAAACCAACCUCACCACCUUCAACCCCAGCAUCCUGGAGAAGUACUACAACAACCUCCUGACCAUCCAGGACCGCAACAACUUCUUCCUGAGCCUGAAGAAGCUCGACGGGGCCAUCCUUUGGAUCCCGGCCUUCUUCUUCCACACGUCGGCCACGGUGACGAGGACGCUGGUCGACUUCUUCGUCGAGCACCGGGGGCAGCUGAAGGUGCAGCUGGCUUGGCCGGGGAACAUCAUGCAGCACGUUAACAGGUACUGGCGGAACAAGCACCUGUCGCCCAAGCGGCUGAGCACGGGCAUCCUCAUGUACACCCUGGCCUCGGCCGUCUGCGAGGAGAUCCACCUGUACGGCUUCUGGCCCUUCGGCUUCGACCCCAACACGCGGGAGGACCUCCCGUACCACUACUACGACAAGAAGGGCACCAAGUUCACCACCAAGUGGCAGGAGUCCCACCAGCUGCCCGCCGAGUUCCAGCUGCUCUACAGGAUGCACGGCGAGGGGCUGGCCAAGCUCACCCUGUCGCACUGUGCCUAAAAGGACCCACAGCUCCAAGUGCCAAAUGAUUGUCUCA